CAUAUAUCAUAAUUCCCUCUUAAAAGGUGCAAUUCCCGAUCCAACCACUCAAAGCCCAUUGACAGGUCGUAGAACUCCCUCGGAUGCUCCUCCAUGCGGGGUCCCGAUUCACCGCUCGGCAUGCCGAAAGCCUUCCCGAGUCACAUGUGCCCGCCGAAACCCCGCGAUUUCCUCAAAAUUUCCAAGAUGCGAAUAAUACGAGAGGGGGAAAAGCAAAAAGAGUAAAGAAACGAGUGAAAGCUCAACCAACACAAAAAACUUUCAUCAUGCCACUAAUAAUCCUAACCGGCUACCCUUGCUCCGGCCUCUCAUACCGUGCCCGACAACUUUCCGCAUCACUUGAAGCGAUACAGGAAGAAUACCUCGCCUCGAUCAGCGAGGAUGGUUCAGAUGAUUCGACGAAGACGAAACCACGCUAUAAGAUCCAUGUCGUGACGUCGCAUGAUGAAGCGCAUCCACGGACCGUGUACGAUAAUGCGCGCUCGGAGAAGGAGGCACGUGCAGUCGUGUAUGCGAAGACGAAACGUGCGUUGGGUCGUGAUAGUAUUGUUAUAGUGGAUGGGAUGAAUUAUAUUAAGGGUUGGAGAUAUCAGUUGUGGUGUGAGGCGAAGGCUUUGAGUACGACUUCUUGCGUGGUCCAUGUGGGUACGCCCGCUGCCCAAUGUAUCGCGAACAAUCAAGCUCGUCUUCGCAAACGCGAACAACAGCAAGGGAACGGACAAGCGCAGGAGACGCCAGAAACUCACGAAGGGUUCCAGAACGAGACCUCAAAUCACACCCCGGACAGAAUCACAGCCCAGGCAGAACCAGAUACCGAAGAACCAUACCCGCCAGAACUCCUUGAUAACCUGAUAUUCCGGUACGAGGAGCCCUCGACAUACAGCCGAUGGGACAAGCCUCUCUUCACGGUGCCGUGGAGCGAUAAAGAGCCUCCGGUCCACGACAUCUGGACCGCUCUCACAGGCACUACGAUCGCCCAACCAGACACGACACCUCAAGCGACAUCUCUCGCGGAUGCGCUUUCUGCGUCCGCUUCAUCGUCAAGUAAUAAUCGCUCGUAUGCCCCUAGCGUGGUCACAAAAGCGACUACCGCAGGGGUAAGUCGCAACGGUCUCCCCAGACCCAAAGUCAAGCCCCAUCAAGCAACGGUCCUACCGGCCGCAACCGACCCUACCGCUCUCUACUCCCUGGAGAAACGCAUCUCAGCCAUCAUAAAUGCCAUCCGGACAUUCACCCUCUCUACCCCCUCGGCUGAAGCCGCCGUCGCUCAGAGCGCUGACGGUCGCGGUAUCACGAUCCCUGUCCCGGAGGCUUCGUUCCCGGUCUUCAUCCCGGCUCAUGUCGCUACCGGUGGUACGACGGACGAGUUGGCGGGUGCGGGUGGGAUUCUGGCUUUACCGCGCUUGCAGCGCCUGCGAAGGCAGUGGAUCGGUUUGAAUCGGGCGUAUAUCGGGCAGAGCCACGGGGCAGGCGGUGGCGGUUUGACCAUGGAUCAAGUGCCUGAUGCGUUUGUCAGAUUCUUGAAUGCAGAGUUUUCCGGCGACAAUGCAUAAGCAAUAUUCGGCAUAUUAUGCCAUAAGAUGACCCCCGACUGGGCGCUGGCCAAUCUGCAAGUUUGAAGUGAGGCUUUCUUGACGUGAUACGACGCGACAUGAGAUAAAAAGUAUAACGUACUCCAUUUGACUACCAGUUAGUUAAAAGCAUUACUAACUAUCCCUCGCUUUAUCUUAUAACCAAGAGUGCUACAUGCUCACCAAUUAAGUGUUCACGAGAUAUUUGCGAGAAUAUAUAGAGAUGAAUGUAACAGUAUCA